AUGGGCUUCUGGAAGCUCAUUACCCAGUUGCUCGGGCGUAUCGUUCGGUUCUUUGCUCGAGUGGACGAGAAAAAACUGUAUGGACUGGAUCAUGCGAUUCUGAACUUGGAGGUUCCUCCUCCGAGUAUGUGGAUGAAUAUGGGGUAUUGGGAGCACACUGAUUCUUUCCGCGAAGCCUGCGAAGCAUUACUGGACCAGGUCUUAAUUGCAGCAAAUCUUCUCGAUAAAGAUGGGACCGCUGCCGCGAAGUGUGCGGCUGUUACUCCUGCAGGUAGUGCAACACCCAAUCAGCGCAAAAAACAACGACAACGACAUGUAAAACUAGUCGACGUUGGAAUCGGAUGCGGUGAUCAAACGCUCUACCUGACACGGAAACUUUCCAAGCCUGCAAGCACACCCGCUAAAGAAACUGGAGGCCCUUCUGACGACAAACCACUUUUCGACUCAUAUGUCGGGAUCACGAUCGCGGAGACCCAAGCAGACUUUGCUCGAGAAAGACUUCUCAAGACGACAUUGACCGAUGACCAUCCCAGUCCGGUGCCAAAUGUGAAGAUCUUCGCUGCUGAUGCGGCGGAUCCUCUAGCCUGGGGAUCUGACCUAACGCAAGCCGUCUUGGACAACAGCGGCAGCGCCGCAGAAGAAGACAAGACAGAGCUUUCUCAAACCGGCACAACCAAAGACGAGGAGCAUCAAACAUGGCUCCUAGCACUCGACACGCUCUACCACUUCAAACCGUCCCGCAAACCACUACUAAAGUUCGCCCGUCAAGACAUGCGAGCAUCGUUCAUGGCGUUUGACCUCCUCAUAUCCGACCGCGCAUCUCUCCGAGACAGACUGAUCCUGCGGUCAAUGUGUCUCGUGACGGGGAUUCCUUACUCAAAUUUCAUGACCAGGAAGGAAUAUGAGGAUAUGCUGGUUGAGACUGGGUAUGAACGUGACAUGGUCGAUAUGAAAGAUAUUUCGGAGCAUGUUUUUGCUGGUAUUGCGCGCGAUAUAUGGAAGAAGGAUGAGGUUUUCAAGAGAUAUGGGGUGAGUAUGGGGAUGGGGAAGUUUCGCGGCGCGGCGAAGGUGUUUAAUUGGUGGGCGAAGAGCGGAGUUGUAAGGGGGUUUGUGGUCGUUGCGCGACGGGGGGAUUCUUGA